AUGGCCAGCGACAGGCUCAAUCAAGUUUGUCAACAUCUAGAAGGAGUGACAGACCCAAGCCGAAUUGAUGGCCAUGUCAUUAUUGUGACCGGGGGUGCACAAGGUAUUGGUAAAGCAGCUGCUCUCCUUCUGAGCCAGCAGGGUGCCACUGUCGCUAUAAACGAUUUGGACAAUGAUAAGGCUCAAGAGGUGGUUGAUGAGAUCCGCCAGCAGGGCCGAAAAGCCGAUUCUUUUGUCGGCAAUGUGUUGGAGGAAGGGUUUCCCCAGAAGUUGGUUGACAAUGUCCUGCGCAAAUACGACAAGAUCAAUGGCUUAAUUAAUAAUGCUGGAUUCUGCCAUGACAGUGCCAUUCACAAGAUGUCCGAUGAAAAGUUCGACAUCAUCAUGAAGAUGCACAAUUAUGUCCCUUUCCAGAUGACCCGCGCGCUGUCAUCAUACUGGAUGAACCCUCGAAACAAAGAUUUACCCAAGACCAUCAUCAACGUCUCUUCCACCUCUGGUCUGCAUGGAUCCAUGGGCCAGAUCAACUAUGCGACAGCAAAAGCCGGAGUCGUGGGACUUACCAAGACCAUUGCUGCUGAAUGGAGUCGAUAUAAUGUCCGUGUGAACGCUAUAGCGUACGGCUGGAUCGAUACCCGUAUCACUCGACCUCCCACUGAAUCCGAAGUGCUGGAAUUGGACGGACAGUCUAUUCGCCCUGGGAUUCCGCUAAAAGCAAAGAAGUGGCGUGAUGUGUCUGAUAUUCCUCUAGCAAGACCAGGAACGGCUCAUGAAGCUGCGAAGGUGAUGCUGUUUCUAGCCAGUCCGUUGUCAUCAUAUGUGACCGGCACAUGCAUUGAAUGUACAGGAGGCCGAUUUAUGUAG